CGCGGAGCGGAGCCCCCGGCAGGGCACGGGCUCUCCAAGGCCUCACCGCACCGCGUCCUGGCCUCGGCCGGCUGGCCGCGGGCAGGCGGGGCAGCAGCAAAGGGGAUCGCGCCACUCUUUGGGAGGAACGUAGGGGAGGGCUUUGUCUCCGCGAUGUAGUUUCUGGCUGCGCUUCCCGAGCGGGCGGGAGUGUGUGCUGUAGAGGGGUGCCUGGCGCGGGGCGGGUUGCGCAGGUGCGUGGGGCAGCCGCGGGCUUCGGCAAUAAGCUCCAUCCCCGUCCGCGGGAGAGCUGAAGCUGUCAUUCCGAGUACAAAUCUGUCUCGGCAGAACGGUGCUGCUAGUUCCUGUGAAAUCUCCCAGGAACGUGUGCUCACCGUGCAGGGAGUUGCAGGUCCGAGACGCUUGAUUACUGCAGAACUCGCUUAUGGAGAAGAUAAUGAAAACUGAAGCUUUGAUCAUACGUUAAUGAAUGAUGGUCCGACUUUUGGAUGAAGUCCUGAAAGCAAUUAUGGAAAGAAAUGCUGCACAAGGCCCGGAUUUUCUUGAAUCUGCCUGUGUUUCUCAAAAUGAGAGCUUGGACAGGGGCAGCCUGGUAAAAGCAGCAACUCAUAAGAUUUUCAACUGAAUUCUCACCUAUCAACACUGGCAAAUAUUCACAAGAUUUACCACACCCUCAAUAGGCUGAAUCUGACAGAGGACGUUGGCCAAGACGAUCACCAGACAGUAUGUAUAGAAAAUAUGAUUCAACUAGAAUAAAAGCAGAGGAAGAAGUCUUUUCAAGUAAGAGAUGCUUAGAAUGGUUCUAUGAAUAUGCAGGCACUGAUGACAUUGUAGGACCAGAAGGUAUGGAGAAGUUUUGUGAAGACAUUGGAGUUGAACCUGAAAAUGUAGUUAUGCUUGUACUAGCAUGGAAGUUGGAUGCACAGAACAUGGGCUACUUUACAUUACAAGAAUGGUUGAAAGGAAUGACAUCACUACAAUGUGAUACUACAGAAAAACUGAGGAAUUCUCUGGAUUACUUGAGAUCUUUAUUAAAUGAGCCUACCAAUUUUAAACUUAUUUAUAGAUACGCAUUUGACUUUGCACGGGAAAAGGACCAGCGCAGCCUAGAUAUCAAUACUGCCAAGUGUAUGUUGGGCCUUCUUUUAGGAAAAACAUGGUCUCUUUUUCCAGUAUUUCACCAGUUUCUAGAGCAAUCAAAAUACAAAGUUAUCAAUAAGGACCAAUGGUGUAACGUUCUUGAAUUCAGCAGAACAAUUAACCUUGACCUCAGUAACUAUGAUGAAGAUGGAGCCUGGCCAGUGUUGUUGGAUGAGUUUGUGGAAUGGUAUAAAGGAAAACAGAUGACAUAGGAGUUUAACUAUGCACAGCCACUCAAGAGUCACUGUUACCACAGUUAUGUCAACCAUUAGCCAUAAACUGCUAUUUGUAUCAAAGUGCAUGCUGCUUUUCUUGCACUGCUUCCCUUUUGCAGGGAACUUUUGAUGUUUGCUAUUUAACAAGCUAGCUAUGCUUGCUGUGUAGCAUUGUUCUCUUUGAAGGCUGCUUUGCAUUUUGUAUUUACACUACGGAUUGGUGAACUUGCCAGCGUCUUCACUGUGAUUAUGUGUAUAUUGCUGUCUAAAUUUUGUAUAUGUGUAUAAAAAAACCUCAGCUUCACUUAGGGAUUAUUUCUGCAGAAAUGUAUUGUAAAAAUAAUUUUGUGGCAUAUUUCUAGUCAUCACUCACAUGUUUGUUCAAACUUUAGUUACUUCGUUUUUCUUUUGGUCUCAAAUGUAGCAUUUCAGAAAAUGAAAUGAACAGACUGCUUGGACAUAGUUAUGUGAAGAACUAUUGUCAAUUUUGCUGUUACUAUUUGAGAUGCCAAUUUCUGAGGGGAGAAGACAUGCUGUGACUUUCUUCACCAGAAUUCACCACAUCUGACCUGUUGGUUAAUAGGAACGAGACAUCGGUGUCUUAAAAGAAUUAUAUAUAUGCAUAUAAAUAUUAAAACACUGUAAUAGUUGUACAUGCCACAGAUGACUACCAUUUGAAGAAAAAAAGUACUGACUUUUUAUGUUAAAACUGCAGUAGUCAUUACAGGUACAAAUGAAGAAAUUAAAGUACCUUUUAAAAAUGGGUUUUAGACGUUGUAAAUCGCCUUUGGCAUCCUCCUUUCCAUUUUUGGUGUAUGAGAGUGUUUGGCCUGUGUCGUGACCUAGUGAAACUGAAAGUUCUAGCUAAGAUUAGUGAUUUGGGGAAUAAAGUCUGCUCACUCCCAGCGCAUAGAUAAUACAGAUUUGGGGAUUUUUGUGUUUGUAACAUUAGUCUUUCCCAGGGUCUCUGACUCUGUGUUUCCAGGUCAUUAAAUGUGAUACUGAAUAGUUGAAACAUUACUUUUUCUUUCAUGCUGGGGAUUGGAAUUUCCUAGCAGAGUGUCCAUUGCAGGCAAUGGGCAUGUUGAACACCAGCAUUAGAUGACAGUACUUUUCAAUAGGGACCACUGCCUAUCUCACUUAUUUCUCAGUGAUGUCCAAUGGGCGAUGGGUACAAGCUGGAACAUAAGACGUUCCAAAGAAAUAUAAGGAAGAAUUUCUUCACUGUGAGGGUGAUGGAGCACUGGAACAGGCUGCCCAGGUGGGUUUUUGAGUCUCCUUCUCUGGAGACAUUCAAAACCCACCUGGAUGAGUUCCCUUGUGACCUACUCUAGGUGGUCCUGCUCUGGCAGAGGGGUUAGACUAGAUGAUCUUUUGAGGUCCCUUCCAACCCCUGAGAUUCUCUGAUUCUUUAUCUGUAUAGGACAGUUCUAGUGAUUAUUUCAGCAAAAAUGAGCGAAUAGAAUGAUGCUUAAGUCCUGUAGUUCUGUCAUGUUGUCUUUGCCUUACCCUUCCUUAAGUAAUGUUGGUGAUGAUUUUUAUGGAUAGGUUCCUGAAGUAUCUGGUGCUAUUAAACUUUGAUCCCUAAGGAUUUAUUAAAAUGUUCCAUACUGAUUCAUGGAGCACUUAGUGAAAAAGGGCCAGUGGAUGUAUUGGAAUGAAGAAAGGCAUUGUUUUUUUCUGUAGAAAUACUUCACAAAAUAUUGGCUGUUUGGAUAUUUCUGUAGAAUGCAGCCCACAGGGGAGGUGGGGGGUAGCAUGUUAGGUCAAAUGUGCAAUUUUCAUCUGUAUUUGAAGGUCUUGUUCAGCCAUCACUGAAAUCAGAAGCAACUGUCAUUAACUUGACUACUUUCAGGAUUAAGCCUGGUUUAGCAAAAGCACAUGAGUUUGCUGCCCCAGACCAGGAGGUUGUAAUUGUGGUGCUACAGGUGGUGGAUUGUGUCGAGAUCUGUUCCUUAUUUGUUGGGUUUUGUUUGCCAAACUCAGCUACCAAAGAUAAAAAUUGUUUGUGUGUGUUUGUGUAUAUUUGUAUAUACAUAAAUAUACAUACCCUAGAGUUUUAUGAUGCUAAGAAGAAAAUACUGCUUUCCCCAUGAAAGUUAUGUUUGGAUUACCACGACACUAAAUAGUGCUCGUGAAAGUUAGCAGUGGUAAAACACACCUAGUCGUUACUUUCUCAUGUACUAAUACACUUAACCUUAAUUCCAUGUUUGAUACCAGUUUGCACAAGGAAUUAAUUCAGUGGAGUGUGGUAUUUAAUGUUUACAAUAAGCCUCUUACUGAAACACACACGUUUUAUUACGACUUCUGAUGUAAAUGUGUAUAUUACCAUAGUGUAACCAUUAGGAAAUACCUGUGGAGCUGCUGGUUUAGUUCUUAAAAGAAUGACCUUAGAAGCAAUACAAUUUUUAACUUUAGGCCAAAUUGUGGUUGCCAAAAUUUUAAGUGAAAUACUACAAUUGUUCUGAAAGGUUAAGCUAGUUCCUGACACUGAAAAACCAUUUAGCACGAAUUGGCAUGAGUCUUGCAACAAAUACAAGCUUUGCAUAAAAGGUUUUGUAUGUCACAAGUAAUUUGGCUUCCAAUAAUGGAAGCAAGAGCCAAAGACACUUUUAAUCUAUUACUGUUACACUUAUAACUUUCAUGUAACAGGGUCAACAGAAAUCUGAUCAGCUCGACCAGGUGCUGUUAUUCCAAGUUGUGCUACCGUUUAGCAGAAUACACAAUUUAAUUAAAAACAAAGACAGCUGAGGAGAAGAAACUUCAGAAAGUAGUCACACUGUGUAAGUAAACAAGCUUCAUUUUCUCUUUGGGUAAAACUAAUGGGGAGUGAUGGAAAGGAAGGAUGGGUUGAAAUGAUGGAUGUGUUGAAAAUUUUUCCUUCCACUUGCAAGUAGGAUGGAUCUGUAAGUUUCAGCUGGCUUAUAAACACGUGUCUCUGUAAAAUAAACCACAGGUUCAGUUGUAGCUGGUAGACAGAUUUACUGACCAUUACAGAGAACGAAUGGACCCGUAUGGCUUGAUAAGCUUCCCUGUGCUCUUAGUCCUUCUGUUUUCGCUAUGUAUGCUGUUAAGCAGAGGAUCGGAUCCUAACAUUGCCAGCUCCUGUGUUUUGGAGAAAUUCCCUCACAUUUUUAAAUAAUUGUGGAAACUUGUACUAAAUACAACCUAAACUGAGUAGCUUAGUUAAGUUUGGUGUCUGCUUUUUUUGUAUGUUAUGCCAUCAUUUAGUUGAUGUAGUGGCUCUUUUUUUCCUUUGGAAAAGUAAUAUAUGGAAUAUGUGGACUUGGACGAGACACUGAGAGGUCAUCGUGGCAGAAUUGUCAUGGGUCCUAUGCUGAUCUUUCUGGUGUACUAUUGAAACUUGAUGACCUAUUUGCAAUUCAUGCUUGGUAUAUGGAAGUAAUAAAGUGUAAAGCUGGUUAGUGAAAGGGAAACAGCAGUGUAUACUCUGAACUGAUGGAUGACAGUUGAACCUCUUCAGACUUGGGUGAUCAUAAAGGUCUCAGACUUUCAGCAUAAAUUAUUCCCUGAUUCUAUGAAUAAUAGUAACUGAAACAUUUCACAAAUAAAUUCUUCAGCACAGUAAAUUAAGUAUUUAAAAUAUUAAUAGAAUUCUGUGUACUGUUGUUUUCUCACUAUUUUCAAGGAAAGUAAGGUGAAGAGGAUGGAAUUUAUUAGAAUCCUUUAUGUACCUGAGUUUUUAUUUAAACCUGUUUAAGGUUGUCUUUAAGCUACAAUAAAUAUUUGGGUUACCUUUGUGUAGCCUUCUCUAACAUUUAUAGGGGACUGGAGACUUCUCCCAUAUUAUCACAAAUACUUGUGUUUUACUUCAUCACAAAUAGGCUUACACAAUCAAAAGUAGUUACAGCUCAUUGCUACUUGGUUAAUGCUUCCAAGUUACUUUUUGGAGGGCAAGAAAUGGACUUCAGUUGUGUUAAAGUUUUCCCAGAUUUCUGUUGACCCUUGGUCACGAGUCUAACAAUGUUUAAUACUCUUGAAAUACAUAUAGACAGCUUUAAAGGUUGGCUUGUGCCCUGGUCUUAAUUAUAACUGCUAAAAUACCUCUUUCUAGGCCUUAUAUUUUGUCCUUUCAUAUUGCUGUAAAAGUGUACAGAAUCUAUCCACCAACUAAAUAGUUUGUUGUCUGUAAUUGAGACCAAAACUCAGAUUGAUAUUUUUGUUUUCAUUUUUUUUAAUUUGUCCCCUCUGUGUGUGUGUGUCCACAUGUGUUAUCACAAAACAGUACCCACUGACACUGCUGUUGCAGGAACAGCAGUUAACCUAUAACUGUGAAAGUUUUAUGUCUUAGUUAUUUGGAUAUUACAUAAAUAAGAUGUGCUAAGCUCCUGUGACUUAUGACUUGACAGAAAUACUGUUACACCACCUAACAUGAGUUCACCUGGUUGAUUUAUAGGUCUUUUGCUGGUGUUGAUGUAAAGUGCCAUCCCACAAAUAAACAAUAUUUGUGUUGGUUUCA